CCAGCCUGUCACUCUUUUAUUCCCAUUUCAUUGGCAUCGUGCUAGAAACUGCACUCUCACCAUCAGACUCAAUUCAAGCCCAGGCCACCUCGGUGAAGGUGUUGUUGUAGCGCUACCUCAAAUUUUGGAGCGCUUGAUACGCGAGCCACAGGAUCUCACGUGCCGUGUUUCGAAAAACACAACAGCGGCCACUCUCAGUGGGCUAAGAUCAUCAACAUUUGAUAAACUUUAGCAUCGUGCAUACCCAUCAUCGCCUCUCAUCAACAUGACGGACAAACUACCUCCGAAUCUUCUCGCGCUCUUCCAGCCACGACCGGCCCUCAGAUAUCUACCACCUGCUGAUCACGCACCCGGUGAUAGGAGGACGAAAGCGAUCGAUGGUAGUGCGGCGUUCGUCGAAGCUCUGAAAGAGAAACAGGAGCAAGAGAAAGAUGACGCAGGUACUGAGUCAUGGCUUCAGAGGAAAGAUCGGGAAGCGUUGGAGAAGCGGGAAAGACAUGCCAAAUUGAUCGAUGAGGAUUACAAAAACAAUUACAAGCCACACGAAGACAGCAAUAUUCGAGGAGACGCGUACAAGACGCUUUUCAUUUCACGGCUGUCCUACGACGCUACGACGAAGGAUCUUGAACGAGAAUUCUCGCGCUUCGGUGCAAUCGAACGCGUACGGAUAGUAACGGAUAGGGGAAAGGGCAAGAAAUCCGGAAAACCACGAGGUUAUGCAUUCGUUCUGUUCGAGAACGAACUUGAUAUGAAAGCUGCAUACAAGGAGUCGGAAAACUUGGUCAUCAAUAACCGCAAGGUCAUCGUUGAUGUUGAGCGCGGUCGAACGGUUAAAGACUGGCGCCCACGUCGCUUCGGUGGUGGUCAAGGCGGCCGUCACUACACCAAAGCGCCUGCGAAAUCCAUGGGCUACGGACCUCCAAGCGGUCCUGGCUUCCGCGGUGGUGGGUUCAGGGGAGGUUUCGAUCGCGGUGCGCCAUUCCGCGGCGGACGUGGAGGAGGAUUCCGUAACGGAAGCGGCGGCUUCGGAGGUGGCCGUGGCGGAGGAUUCCAAAACGGACCGCCUGACGGUGCUCCUGCUGGACCUCGAUCUGGCGGUGCAGGUGGCAGUGGACGGAGUGGUUACGGCGGAGGUUCAGACGAACGCCCAAGGAACAAUGCCAACUUCGAGCCAUUGCCACCCAGAGGCGGCGGCGGAGGAGGAGGAGGCUACCGAGACCGGGAUCGCGACCAGAAUGAGCGCUAUGAGCGGAGAGAUCGUGACCGUGACGGCUACAGCAGCGGGCAGAAACGGCCGUACGAAGGUAGCGGCGGCUAUGACGACUCGCGGUCUCGACGACGAUAUUGAAAGCUACACAGCAUUACGAGCAUCUUGCCGGCCACAUUGACGAAACAGUAUGAGCCUGACUGUGAGACGAUUUGCCGCAUUAUGGGAGACGAUAACAACGGUGAGUCGGACUACCUCUUCAAAGGGUAAGCACCGGCUUGCACGCAAC